AUGGAUUCCAAAAUAGGAAAGACGUUUAAAUUAACAAAAAAAUUAGGAAGUGGAGCAUUUGGAGAAAUAUUUCAUGGAAUAAAUGUAUAUGAAUGCAAUUUAAAGUCUAUAUUAGCUUAAAAAUAAUAUAGAAGUAGCUAUAAAAUUAGAGCCUAUUAGUGCCAAGCAUCCUCAAUUAUACUAUGAAGCAAAACUAUAUUAACAUCUUAGUUAGGAUAAUGCUUCUGUAGAAAAAGGGAUUCCUUAAGUCUAUUAUUGUUCGACUGAAGGAGAUUAUAAUAUUAUGGUAAUGGAUUUAUUGGGACCAUCUCUUGAAGAGUUACUCACAUAAUGUCAACGAAAGUUCUCAUUGAAAACUGUGUUAAUGCUGGUUGAUUAAAUGAUUACUAGAGUAGAAUUCAUUCAUUCAAAGGAUUUUCUUCAUAGAGAUAUAAAACCUGAUAAUUUCUUAAUGGGUUUAGGGAAAAAAGCUCAAAUAUUAUUUAUGAUAGAUUUUGGAUUGGCAAAGAGAUUUAUUACAAGAGAUGGAUCUCAUAUUCCAUAUAGAGAGAAAAAGAAUUUAACAGGUACUGCAAGGUAUGCAUCAAUAAACACUCAUCUUGGAUUAGAACAAAGUAGAAGAGAUGAUUUAGAAAGUAUUGGAUAUGUUUUAAUAUAUUUUUUGAAAGGGACAUUACCUUGGCAAAAUUUAAAAAAUAAUAAUAAAAAAGACAAAUAUGAAAGAAUUAUGGAAUCUAAAAUAUCAACAAGCAUUGAAUUAUUAUGUGUUGGAACACCAAUAGAAUUUUAAUAAUAUUUGAAAUAUUGUAGAAAUUUAUAAUUUACAGAGAAACCAGAUUAUGAUUAUUGUAGAUAACUCUUUCGAGAUUUAUUUUAAAAGUAAAGAUAUGUUAUGGAUUAUUAAUAUGAUUGGACUUAGAAAAGAGUAGAAUAAACUAAUUAAUAAUAAUAGACAAUCUAAUAAUGA